CACGUCUACUUUGUGACCGGCUCCUCUCACAAGAGAAAAAUCCAGCCCCAGCGAGUGUAGAUACUAUCUGAGGGGAGGAUGACAUCCACGGCAGACCGACUGGCCCACCAGAAGGAGAGGGAGCAAGGCAUUGGCACCAACCAGCAGGCGGUGAAGUUCUCCCAGCAGGACUAUGAGAGUUUGCGGCAGCAGUGUCUGAAGAGUGGACGUCUCUUCGAGGACAACCUGUUUCCAGCUGAGAGGAAAUCCUUGGGCUACAAUGAACUGGGACCAUACUCAUCCAAGACCAGGGGAGUGAACUGGAAGAGGCCAAAGGAGCUGUGUUCCAACCCCAAGUUCAUUGAUGAUGGAGCCACGAGGACAGACAUCUGCCAGGGAGCUCUGGGUGACUGCUGGCUCCUGGCUGCUAUAGCCUCUCUGACUCUGGACCACCGCAUCCUGGCUCGUGUGGUGCCUCCUGGACAGAGUUUCACAGAGGAUUAUGCCGGGAUAUUUCACUUCCAGUUCUGGCAGUUUGGUGAGUGGGUGGACGUGGUGGUCGACGACCGUUUGCCCACCAGAGAUGGAAAGCUGCUGUUUGUCCACUCAGCGGAGGGCUCUGAGUUUUGGAGCGCUCUACUGGAGAAGGCCUAUGCAAAGGUGAAUGGUUGCUAUGAGGCUCUUUCAGGUGGAAACACUAUUGAAGGUUUUGAGGAUUUCACCGGAGGAAUUGCAGAGAUUUACUCCCUAGACAAGGCUCCAGCAAACCUCUUCCAGAUCAUACAGAGGGCACUGAAGCUGGGUUCACUGCUCGGCUGCUCUAUUGAUAUAACUAGUGCCUACGAGACGGAGGCAGUCACAUCUCUGAAACUUGUGAAAGGACAUGCAUACUCAAUCACUGGAGCAGAAGAGGUUCGUUCCCGAGGCAGAGUGGUUCAGCUGGUCCGCAUCAGGAACCCGUGGGGUCAGGUGGAGUGGACAGGGCCUUGGAGUGAUGGAUCCAGUGAAUGGGAAAACAUCAGCAAAGAUGAGAAAACAAACUUCAACCACGUGGCGGAAGAUGGAGAGUUUUGGAUGUCCUACUCUGACUUCACCAGGCACUUCUCCAAGCUGGAGAUCUGUAACUUGACCCCGGAUACGCUCAUGAGCGACACAGUGAGCCACUGGAACCAUUACCAGUUUGAAGGGAUGUGGCGGAUCGGCUCCACAGCUGGCGGCUGCCGCAAUAAUGCAGCCACGUUCUCCUCCAACCCUCAGUUUUUGGUGUGCCUGGAGGACGUGGAUGACGAUCCUCUUGAUGGCGAGGAUGGAUGCACGUUUCUGGUGGGGCUGAUGCAGAAGAAUGGACGACAACAGAAGAGGCUUAACCGCGACAUUGAGACCAUUGGCUUUGCCAUUUAUAAGGUCCCAGAUGAGUACAAAGGUCGCAGCAAUGUCCAUCUGGGUCCAGAUGUUCUGCUGCGUCAGAGAGCUGUGGCUAUGAGCAGCAGCUUCGUCAACAUGCGAGAAGUGUGUGACCGCUUCAAACUCCCUCCAGGGGAAUACGCCAUCGUCCCCUCAACCUUCGCACCCCACAAGAACGGCACUUUCGUUCUCAGGGUGUUCUCAGAGAAACAGGCUGCGACCAGUCGACUGGAGGAGGAACUUGAUGCUAAGAUAGAGGAGGACGUGAUAUCUGAGAGUGAUGUGAAUCCUCAUUUCAAGCAAAUCUUCAAGAAGCUUGCAGGCGAUGACAUGGAGAUAUCUGUCUUUGAAUUGAUUACUGUUUUGAACAACGUUGUCUCUCACCGGUCUGAUAUCAAGACAGAUGGAUUCAGCCUGGACACAGGUCGACUUAUUGUCAGUCUGUUGGAUAAAGAUGGAAGUGCCAUGCUGGGACUGAUGGAGUUCCACGUACUUUGGAACAAAAUACAGAAUUAUUUGGCGAUCUUUAAGAAUUACGACUCAGACAACUCUGGCACCAUGAGUUCCCAUGAGAUGAGAGGCGCCGCCACUGAAGCAGGUUUCAAUGUCAACAGCGCCGUGCUGCAGGCCAUAGUCAAUCGUUACACCGAUGCUCAGUAUGCCAUAGACUUUGAUAGUUUUGUGGCGUGUCUCAUUAAGCUUGAAAUGCUCUUCAAAAUGUUCAAGUCUCUGGAAAGAGAUGACUCAGGGAAGAUCGAGCUGGACAUGCAACAGUGGCUGUGCCUGGCUAUGAACUAGCUGUGGAAUCAACACAAACAGGGCUUCCUUUGUGGUAUUAGCCAGUUAACCCAGUGAGAAAAGCAUUUAACAUACACUUUAUCACACAUUUAACUGCUAUAUUACACAUUCAAUUGCAUUUGCUGUAGCCUACAUAUAAAUGGAGAAAUCCUAUAGACAUGUUUUAUCACGCAUCUAUUAAAAAUGGUGUUUGCUCUUGAAAAACAUAUUUCAAAUGAUAGAAAAUAAAAAAAUUAAGAAAC